AUGGCCGAUCCAGCAGCGAGUUUCGUGUUCUACCGGUAUAAACCAUCUAUGGUUGCCGCCAUCGUAUUUAUCUCCUUGUUCGGCUUAUCCUCUCUGGUUCAUAUGGGGAUGCUUGUCCGAAAAAGGACCUGGUAUUUCAUUCCGUUCGUCAUCGGUUGUCUCUUUGAGACUGUAGGUUAUGUAGGACGGGCAUUGUCGUCACCGGAAUAUCCCAACUUCACCAAGAACCCGUAUAUCAUCCAAUCCGUUCUACUUCUUCUCGGACCUACCCUUUGCGCGGCCUCCAUCUACAUGGUUCUCGGCCGACUAGUCCGCCACCUCGAAGCCGAUUCCUAUUCGUUGAUCAAGCCUAAGUGGCUCACCAAGUUUUUCGUCCUCGGUGACGUUAUCUCUUUUUUCGCUCAAGGUGGAGGCGGUGGCCUCCUCACCCAAGCCAAAACGCUGGACGAUGUACGCCGAGGUGAGAAUAUCAUCGUUGCUGGUCUCGGCAUACAGAUCCUCUUCUUCGGAUUCUUCAUAAUAGUCACUCUCGUCUUCCACAGACGUAUCUCGGGAAAACCUACACGAAACGCUUUAACCCUUACGACUCCCUGGCGGAAACUUCUCAUCGUCUUAUAUGUCUCGAGCUCGCUCAUCAUGGUACGAUCUAUCUAUCGUGUGACCGAAUACAUCAUGGGUUCGGAUGGCGAGCUCCAGUCGAAGGAGAUAUAUCUGUAUCUUUUGGAUGCUGUUCCAAUGUUCAUCGUGGUAUUUUCGUACAACGUUUUCCACCCCAGUCGGGUCGUCAGCCGCGAUACUAAAGACAGCAGGAUGUCUAUCACAAGCUUGGAUGUUUUAGGGGAGAGUCGCUAA